CGCUGGAGUUGUCAUGGUUCAAUGGGCCGGAUCAAGGGGUUGACUGCAGCGGCAUCGCAGCAAAACCCUACCCCGAGCGUCAACCUAACUAUAAAUAGCCAGCAAGCUGCAGUGCAGCCAUGGUAGCGUCCGUCAAGGGAGGAUACUACAGAGCUGUUUUUGCUGCCUUCGCCGCGGAGUAGCUCGUUAACGAUUACGGGAUACAGCACGCUUUUGUUUGGGGGAAAUGGGAUGUGGAGUGUGGCUGAUCUUGUUCGAGAUCUGUUCCUAGUCUUCUUAUGUGUUUGUUUUCUGUUUACGUUUGAUUCAGAUUUGGGCAUUUGAAGUCGAGAACAAUAUGACGGGUGAGGAUCCUACAGAGCUGAAGGAAGAGGUGCCUGAGAUUUUGCCCUUUGAUCCAACUAAGAAGAAGAAAAAGAAGAAACCUGUGGUUCAAGAUCCUGCUGAAGUGCUAGACAAAUUAACUGAGAAAACAGAAAAUCUAACUGUUACUGAAACAAGUGAACCAAGUUUAGUUGGCUUGAAGAAAAAGAAGAAGAAACCUGUUGAAACCAACUUCCUGAAUGAUGAAAAUGGAGACCAAGACCAAACUGGUGAUCAAGUUCGGGAGGAUGAAGAAGGAGAAGGCAUUGUCCUUGGUGUUAGUCGAUAUCCUUGGGAAGGAACUGAUCGUGAUUAUAAGUACGAAGAGCUUAUGGGUCGAGUAUUUAAUAUACUGCGUGAGAAUAACCCUGAUCUCGCUGGAGAUAGGCGUAGAACUGUGAUGAGGCCUCCACAAGUUCUUAGAGAAGGAACCAAGAAGACAGUUUUUGUGAACUUUAUGGAUCUUUGCAAAACGAUGCAUAGGCAACCAGAGCAUGUUAUGAAUUUUUUACUUGCUGAAAUGGGAACAAAUGGAUCGCUUGAUGGACAGCAGAGACUGGUUAUUAAGGGUAGAUUUGCCCCCAAAAAUUUUGAGGGCAUCCUUAGAAGAUACAUCAAUGAGUAUGUCAUUUGCAAUGGCUGCAAAAGUCCUGAUACCAUACUUUCAAAGGAGAACCGAUUAUUCUUUCUUCGUUGUGAACAGUGUGGCUCUUCGCGUUCAGUUGCUCCUAUCAAGGCUGGUUUUGUUGCACUUGUGAAACGCCGCAAAGGCACUUGAGCUGAGCAUUUGCCUGUUUGUUUCUUGCUUUUCUAAAACCAAAAAGAAAUAGCGUCCCAGAAUCUCAGUAUUUUCAUUUAUACAUUCAAUUAUUUGCCUGUUUAGCAUCCAUCAGUAUGAUCAAGUAUUUAUGUGUCCUAACGUAAAUGUGGUUGGAUUUGCUAGCUUUGUUAAAAUUGUCAAAGUUCCAAAAAAAAAUUAUUUGAGA